CAACACAAGAAGCAUAAGCACCUCGCCCUUUCUUUCCCACGUUUUUUUUAUCUCAAGUUCCGUGUCGAUUACCCAUAUUAGAUGGCUCUCGAAGCUCUCAAAUCUCCCACCACCGCCACCCCAUCCUUCAAUACCCCCUUUGAAGAAGUCAAUCUCCGCUACUUAGAGGCACCCUGGGCCAAGCGAAAACGUUCGAAGCGUACCCGAAUGGAUCACCAGCCUUCAGAGGAAGAGUACCUCGCUCUCUGCCUUAUCAUGCUCGCUCGCGGCGGCAACAGCGGAGGAACUUCACCGCCACCGCCACCGCCAACCAAGCUCAGUUAUAAAUGCUCUGUUUGCAACAAAGCGUUUUCCUCUUAUCAAGCACUCGGUGGGCACAAGGCCAGCCACCGGAAACUCGCUGGCGGCGGCGCUGCGGAAGAUCAGUCAACCUCCUCCGCCGUGACAACCAGUUCCGCAUCCAACGGCGGAGGUAAGACCCACGAGUGUUCCAUCUGCCACAAGUGUUUCCCCACGGGACAGGCCUUGGGAGGACACAAGCGUUGCCACUACGAAGGAGGUAGUAACAGCGCCGUCACUGCCUCGGAAGGUGUUGGGUCCACCCACACUGGGACCCACAGCCACCCCCGCGACUUCGAUCUCAACCUUCCGGCUUUUCCGGACUUCUCAACCAAGUUCUUCGUGGACGACGAGGUCUCCAGCCCUCUACCAGUGAAGAAGCCCAAGAUUGAAUUCCCUCACUACUGAUGAAUUCCAAAUUAAUCAGUGAUUAUUUUUUUUACUUUUUUUUUUUCAGUUGUUUAGUAUUAAUUUGUUACGGUACAUACUAUUUGGAUCUUGUUAAUUCGUUGGUUUUAGAUUCUAAAUUUUAAUUUGGUAGUGCUUAUUCAAUUCAAUUUAUUUAUUUUUA